UAUGCACCUUAUCUUGGCCAACGUCGCAGAGGAUUUGCUGACCGCAUAUCAUGGCCUGGUGUGAUCAUGGCUGGGUGCGAACAAGAGCACCUCAUCGCCAACGCACCUGCACUACGAGUCAGCCGCAGGUGAACAAGGAGCACCGCAGGAAGAAUGCAUGAUUGGUGGCGCCAAGUGAAAAUGAGCGGAUUCCGUGGUUAAAGCUGGUCCCCGUGCAACCAGCUUCACCGCAAGGGGCCCUCCUCCUCAUCGCUACUCUUCACCGGAAGUAAUUGCUACUUUUAGCCGAUCCUCAAUAUCCUCAGUCUUCAUCUCCAGUCGCCUGUCUCCCGCAUACCAUGUCACCUGCACACCGCCAGUCCUGCGACCGUUGUCGUCAGCAGAAAGUGAGGUGCUUGCGAGACAACAAUGCUUCUGUUUCAGGCCCAGGCCGGGUUUCCGCUUCCCUGUUGUGCGACCGCUGUGCUAAGGCAGGAGCGGAAUGCAGGUACAGUGAGAAACAACGAGGCCAUCGCCGACGCUGUUCUGCUGGCUCGCCGAGCGAGAUGAGGAGCACAGACCUCUUCGGCCUCGGGCCGGCCUUUGGUCAUGUCGAUGGGACGCCCGGGUCAUCGGCUGGUUCCUCCCACUUCAUGACGGCCUUGAUGGGCCACCCUUCUUCCGACCUGCAUGUUGACGAAAGCAAGACGGCCGUCGGCGGCUUCGGUGCACCCGAUGCCGAGCACGACCUGCUGCCGCUUGAAAUGCCCCCAACCUCGCACGAGUCACUCGCCACCUUGCUAGCAGAGGCUGUAUCUGCUUCAUGCAUGCCGGGGGGACCCUUUUACGACGCCACCGCCCCAGUUCCAUCAAUGGAGGCCGACGCCGACUACGAAGACACAAGGAGCUUCCUGUUCUCACGGCUGACGGCCGUGAGCCAAAGGGCCAUGCGGACAGCCCGCCGUCUCGCCCGCUCCGGCACAGGGGCAGGUGCAACCACCCUGAUGGUGUCGUCGCCCGAGGUGACCGAGGCUUUGGAGGACACGAACACGCUGAUAAGCACCGUCAACGACAUCAUGACAGCGGUAGCAACAGCAGGAUGCGACGACCCAAUGACCACGACGGGUUGCGCCGAACUGGCCUUCUUGGCUCUCGCUUGUCACCAGAACCUCAUGACGCUCUUCCGAGCCAUCUGCGAUGCCAUAAAGGGUAGACUGCAGGCCAAGAAAGAAGAGCGGGAACAACAACAUCAACAAGAACAACAGCGACAACAACAACACGCCGCCCGAGACAACAGCGGCGUGGGACCUCUCAAUGUCGCCCAGUUCGUCAUGGUGCUGCAAUUGCUGAUGCAUCUCAUCAGUCGCAUGGGCCGCAUCUUGGAGAUAUCUAACACGACGACUGAGCAGGAGAGCCAGUUUAUCGCACCCGCGGCCAUGCUCGACGGCAACACCAUGGCCACCGACGACUAUGCCAUUGGCAGUGUCCCCGGUCAGUCUUCUGCGUCGUCAGUCACAUCAGCCCACCACGCGACGCGCCGCAGUGGUCUGCUUGAGCAUGUGCAGGAGAUUGUCGGAAACAUACCCAGUGAGCGUGAGAGACUGAGGCGCAUCAUUCAGCGACUACAGGCGGAAAUGGACCAUGCGGAAAUACACUAGAGGUCGCGAGAU